AUGGCAGACAUCAACCCAGACUACGACCUCGACACCCCCAUAACCUCAAAGGUAGGCCUCCGCCAGGGCCUCGCCUCAUACGGAGACCCUCACUUCUCUCUCUUCCUGCGCAAGGUCUUUAUCAAGGCCCUCGGGUACAGCGAAGAUGCGCUCUCAAGACCCAUCAUCGGCAUCGUCAACACAUACUCGAGCUUCAACCCGUGCCAUGCCAAUAUUCCGCAGCUGAUAGACGCCGUCAAGAGGGGCGUGCAGCUUAACGGCGGAUUAGCGAUUGACUUUCCUACCAUCAGUAUACAUGAGUCUUUCUCGAGCCCGACAAGCAUGUAUUUGAGAAACUUGAUGAGUAUGGAUACUGAGGAGAUGAUCAGUGCUCAACCUUGUGAUGCCGUCGUGUUGAUUGGAGGUUGCGACAAGACCACGCCUGCUCAGUUGAUGGGAGGCAUCUCAGCAAACAAGCCCAUCCUCCAUCUUGUCACAGGCCCGAUGAUGCCAGGAAGCCAUCGAGGUGUGAGAAUCGGAGCUUGUACCGACUGUCGUAACAACUGGGCAAAGUACAGAGCUGGCGCUAUCGAUAUUGAGGAUAUUUCAGCUAUCAACGAUGAGCUGGCACCGACUGGUGGAACAUGUGGUGUCAUGGGCACAGCAAGCACCAUGGCCUGUAUCCUCGUCGGUCUCGGCAUGAUGCCUUUCGCAGGCGCCACAGCUCCCGCAGUCUCAGCUACUCGUCUCCGCAUCGCCGAGGCCACAGGAGGACACGCUGUAGCUGCAUGCAAAAAUCUCGACCAGCUUCGGCCGCAGACUUUGCUGACGCGUGAGUCGUUUCUCAACGCCAUCAUUGUUCUUCAGGCUAUUGGUGGUUCAACGAACGCUGUCGUGCAUCUCAUGGCCAUCAUCGGACGUCAUCCAAAGGUGGCUGGCACCAUCACUCUGGACACUGUUGACGAGAUUGGCCGAAAGACGCCGUUGCUGGUUGAUCUGAAGCCCAGUGGCGACAAUUACAUGACUGAUUUCCACAAUUCAGGUGGCAUGCUUGCCCUCUUCCAUGAGCUCAAGCCUCUUCUCUACCUUGACGCCAUGACAGUAACCGGGCGAACGCUUGGUCAAGAAAUAGCUCAAAACUCUCUCAUCCCCGUACCAAGGGAGCUCAGCGUCAUCCAGCCCUUCGACAAGCCCCUCUACCCGAAAUCAUCACUCGUCGUGUUGAGAGGCAACCUAGCCCCAGGAGGUGCCGUCAUGAAAGCCAGUGCCUCUAAGUACAGACGUCUCCUCCAGCAUUCUGGCCGAGCGGUCGUCUUUGCCAACUCGGCAGACCUCGCAGAGAGAGUAGACGACCCUGAUCUGGAAGUGACGCCAGAUAGUGUUCUCGUUCUUCAGAGUAUCGGACCCAUCGGCAACCCAGGCAUGCCAGAAGCUGGAAUGAUCCCAAUCCCCAGAAAGAUCGCAUCACAGGGAGUAUUGGAUAUGCUCCGUCUAUCAGACGGCCGCAUGAGUGGUACAGCAGGCGGAACCAUCGGUCUUCAUAUCUCACCAGAAUCCGCCAACCCCGACUCAGUGCUGGGAAUCAUCAGGAACGGCGACCUGAUCACCUGCGAUGUUGAGAAGAGGAUACUCUCAGUUGAUCUGUCAGAUGAAGAAAUCGCCCAGAGAAUCCAAGAGAGGAAAAAGACCUUUGCCGCGAGCGAAGGCGCCGCAGCACCGUGGGUGAAGAGAGAAGGAAUGAGAGGUUAUCGGGGACUGUACAUGCGACAUGUGAACCAAGCAGAGGCGGGAGCAGACUUUGACUUUUUGACGGCCGAUGGGCCGCCUCGAUCAUGA